GUGAACAUCGUCACGGCGUAUGCUCCCCACAGCGGUCGGCCUCUCGCCGAAGUAGAUCGAUUCUACGCUGAUCUCAGCGACACACUUGACCAACUACCAAGGCGCAACAUCGCGGUCGUGACCGGCGACUUCAACGCCAAGCUCGGACAACAGAUCAACGGCGAUGAGGAGAUUCGCCAGCAGGUAGAGCGCAUACGCAACCGAAACGGCCACGCAUUGGCUGACUUGUGUUCUACUCACCUUCUCUUUGCCACUAACACAGGUUUUCAAAAGCGAGCCCGCCACAAAACAACAUGGAGUCAGCGCCGGACGAAUCACUGUAUUUACAACCAGAUCGACUAUAUCCUAUGCCCUCAGAACUGCCGACGGCUCUGCAUGGACGCACGAUCCUGGGGUGGAACGUUGACGGCGUCGGACCACAAGCUCGUCACCGCC